UAUGAGCACGUGAAAGCACCACGUGACCCCCCAUUGGUUUCGACAUGAUUUUGUUCGGCUAGUAAAACUGCUCUCCGAUUUAAAACACUCUCGAUAUCAUUUUCUAUAGUUCGAACGCUUGGGUCGUAGUCUCCGAUCUUCUUGUUCUAUGGUGUCGUGGAAAUUGCCAAAACGAAUAUGACCUCGAAACAGAAAGCUGGUAAAGUUGGCUCCAAGAGUAAGGAGGACGCUCCAUAUGAGUUGGAGAAUCAGUUCGUUCUGCGGCUGCCAACAGAGUAUGCAUCUACCGUAAGGAGGAUUGCCCAGUCUAGUAGUAUGAAUAUGAAGGACAGACUCACCAUUGAGUUGCACCCUGAUGGUCGCCAUGGCAUCGUGAGGGUGGAUCGUGUCCCUCUGGCAUGCAAGCUGGUGGAUCUGCCCUGCAUCAUUGAGUCUCUCAAAACAGUGGACAAGAAGACUUUUUAUAAGACAGCUGAUGUCUGCCAGAUGCUGGUGUGUACACUAGAUGGAGACCUGUACCCUCCUUUAGAGGAGCCAACUGGCACCGAUCCCAAGACCAAGAAGAAGGACAAAGACAAGGACAAGAAGUUCAUUUGGAACCACGGCAUCACUUGUCCCCUCAAGAACACACGCAAGAGGAGAUUUCGCAAAACGGCAAAAAAGAAGUACAUUGAAUCUCCAGAUGUGGAAAAGGAGGUGAAGCGGCUGCUGAGCACAGACGCCGACGCUGUCAGCGUUCGAUGGGAAGUCAUAGCAGAGGACGACAUGAAGGACGGCGACCAGCAUGGCUCACUGGCCAACCUGGACUCGUCACCCGGCACAUCGGGACACAAGAUGGGUCACGGAUCAUCAACCCAGCGUGACGAACUGCGGGAGAUGUUCAACGACAUCAGCAGCUCCAGCGAAGACGAGGAGGACGACGUGGACCGCCACGAAGAUGAGGACCUGAACAUUGUGGACACGGAGGACGACCUGGUUCAAGACAAGCUGGACGAGUCCGACCCUGUGCAACGAGAGUCGGAUACAAACAACCAAAUAGUGAUGGAAUACCAGGUGCAGAUCAGCGGCAUCAAAGCCAAGCUUCAGGAAACGCGAGCCCGCAAGAAGCAACAGGAGGAGCUGAUCAUGAAAGUGGAAAACCAGGCCCUAAAAAACCGAUUCCAAGCAUGUUUGGAUGAGAUUAUUCAGCAGGAGGAGCGCGAGAUGGAGCAGUUGGCCUCGCUUCAGGAGCAGCUGGACUCGCUGAUCGAGAAGUGAGCACCAGGGGGCGCCCUCAUGGCAUCCUCAGCACCAUACGUGAAAGUGAAUGAUGAAGAGAACCAGGAGGAGGAGGAAGAUGUGAGCCUUGACAGACAGACUUGCUGUGUCAUUCCUUUUUAGUUAGAUAUUUUUACCCAGCCCUCAGAGAGCACGGCAAUUUGCAUAUUAGCUCAAAUCACGUUGUUUGGAGCCGUCUCAUUAAAGUGUUUUGUUCAAACAGAGA